AUGUUUGUACCUGAGGACAUCAGUGCCUGUCAAGAUGGCAUUGGUACUGAGGAUAUUGAAUGCUUUGGUGAUGCAUUUUUGCUGGACGAAGAUGGUACUGUAGAAGAUGUCAUCUUCUGGUGCACUGGUUUUAGCUUUAUUUGGUUGAUGUGUAACCUGCUUAACCUGGGGCUAAUAUACCUGCCUGGGUGCAUGUGCAGCCCGGUGAGUAAUUUUUGUUUUUACCGCUGUCUUAUGCCAGACUGUGUUACCAUGAGCUUCCCCCUGAACCCGUUCCUGAAUGGGCUGAUGGGGAAGCCAGUGAUGGUGAAGCUGAAGUGGGGGAUGGAGUACAAGGGCUACCUGGUGUCUGUCAACUGCUACAUGAACAUGCAGCUUGCAAACACAGAAGAAUACAUAGAUGGUGCAUUUUCAGGAAGAAUUGGUGAAGUUUUGAUAAGAUGUAACAAUAUCCUGUACAUCAAAGGAGUAGAAGAAGAAGAUGGAGAAAUAAGAGAAUAA